UUUAUUUACUUUUUCAGACAUCUCAUCUAGUUCUAGUACGCCGGUCGGAGGAAUCUAGAGAGAGAGAGACGCCGGAAACAAUGGAAUCUGAACGUCAUCAACAACCAUUCCCAUCACCUUCGCAAAAGGAUCGAUUUACGUUUCUCAAAGAUGUCUCGAAUUUCAAAACCCCUAAGCGAAUUUCUCAUUCUCAAUUCUUCACUGCUGUUAAGCAAACACCCAAGUCUUUUUCUACAAUGAGACGUCCUCUCCCUUCCUCCAUCCACUCUGCUUCAGCCUCUCGAUCUAAAGCAGCGCGUAGACUCAAAGCGUUCGAGCUCGAACAGUACAAAUCGUCUCAUAGGGUUCAAAUCAACAAAGAGAAAUCUCUGCAAUCGCUUGCCAAAUCGCUUACUGUCUGGCUCAAUUUCUUGAUCCAGGAUCCAGCAGCAUGCGGCUGCGAUGUGUCCAAAUUUAACUGUGCAGAUGAAGCUAUGAGGUCAGAAGUAAGUCCGGUUAAAGGGAAGAGGGACAUUCGGCCUAUAAGGGUUGUUGGAGUUGAUAAGGCAUGGAGGAGCCCGAAAAGGCAGAGAGGUUCAUCUUGGCGUGGUGGUGGUGGUGGAUACAGCAUGGUUCUUUCUAGUUCAGUGUUAAAAGAGUCUUUACAGGAUAUUUGUAGCUUUGAUGACUUGAAAGACCGAAUGCGGGCUCAUAUGAGUUUGGACAUUUGCAAAGAAAUUUUUGAAGUGAUGGAAAAAGUAGUGAAGAAUAUAGAUGAACGAAGACUAUCAAUGAAGCCGCACUGCCCUUUGGUAACUGACGUUGGGAUGAAGGAGAAGGCACUGAAAGUUCUAAUGUGUUAUAACUCUCACUGGCUUCGUAUUGGUCUUUACAUAAUUUUUGGGGGUGAUUCCUUAUUGCCUGAUGGUGAUAUCAGUUCUGAUCAAGAAAUUGCAUUCUUGAAACUUGUUAUUGAGAAGCAGUUUUUCUCUCAUGUUGGUUUAGCUAAAACCUAUUCUUAUAACAAACUGGUUGAAGGUCUUUAUAGACCUGGGUAUUUUGAAAAGCUGGGGAGUGUUAUAUUGAAGAGAUUUUUGCUGCUUGCUCUCAUCCUAGACAGGAUUAAAUUGCAUACCUGUCUUUCUGUCAAAUAUGGUAUUGAUGGGUUGGAUGGGGGUUCUCCUCUGCUAUUUACUAUUGAAUCUAAGAUCAAAUCAAGCACCCAAUUAGUUAAAGAUUUCUUAUCUACGGAUGCCAUGCAUGGAGAAGGUAGUAUUCUUGCUCAUUUGGUCAUAGUAGGAUACAAAGUAUCUUACCAGCAGAAUCCCUUGAAUGAAUACGACUUUAAGGUGAAAGAGUUGUUUGAAGAUCUCCAAGACGGUGUGCGUCUUUGUAGAGUUAUUCAGCUCUUGAAACAGGACUCUUCUAUUCUCUUGAAACUGAUAGUUCCAUCUGAUACUCAAAAGAAGAAUUUGAAUAACUGUGGCAUUGCCCUGCAAUAUCUGAAGCAAGCUGGUGUGCCACAAGUUGACGAAGAUGGCGAAGUGAUUCAGGUUGAAGAUAUUGUGAGUGGUGAUAAGGAACUUACAUUGUCAAUACUUUGGAACAUAUUUGUCCACUUGCAGCUGCCACUUCUGCUGGACAAAAAUGUUUUACUGGAGGAAAUUUCAAAAAUCAGAUGCAUGAGCAAGGAAGUUUCAAAAUGCACCUCCUUAUUGGAUAUGCUUUUACUUUGGAUCCAGGCAAUAUGUGAUUCUUAUGAUCUGAAGAUCAAUAACUUCGAUUCAUUGGUUGAUGGAAAAGCUAUUUGGUGCUUGCUUGAUUUUUAUUUCAGGAAAGAAUUCCACUGCUCCUGCCCCCUUAAGGAAAUUCAUGAUACUGUUGGAGAAACAUCUAUAAUGUCUGCUUCCAGUUAUACUGAUGCAAUUCACAACUUUAUAUUGUCACAGAAGUUGACUACCUUACUAGGAAAAUUUCCAGAGGUUCUGCAAGUGAGUGAUAUAAUUGAACACAAUGGCGCAUGCAGCAGUCAAAGUGUAAUCAUCUUGUUGGUUUUUCUUUCGCUUCAACUAGUAGUGAAGAAAAACAUGGACCAACUGAACUUCCACAAAUUCUUGGGUUUGACCUGUCUAAAUCCGGAGAAGAGAAGGUUAAGCACAGAAUUCUGUUUUAUGCAUUCUGAAGCAGCAUUAAUACAAGAAGACUCUCAUGGGAAUGCCGAUGAAGAUGGAAUUCAAAAUUUCAAGACUAUCAUGGCUUGGUGGCAAAACAUGGCCCAGCAAAACAAGAAGCUGGAUCAACAACAAGCUACAAUUACUAUCCAACGCCUGCCAAGUGGAAGUGGUGGUAGUGAUACAAAGAAAGAAAAAGCUGCAAAACUUCUGCAGUCUCAUUUCCGAGGUACCUUCCAACGCCGCAAAUUUCUACACAAAAAAUCAUCAGUUUCCUUCCUUCAAUUUGUUAUCCGAGCAUGGUUAACUGUAAAGAAGGAAUCAUACAUGAAUAAAUUCAGUUGCAAUGAACUUCAGGUGUGGAACCAAUCAGAAGCUUUCUGCAGACAUCUUACUUUCAUGCGUGAGAGGCAUACUUUUGUUAAAUUGAAAAAGUCUGUAUCAAUAAUUCAGCACGCAACAAGGAACUGGAUUUCUGUAAGGCAUGCUGUCAGAUGCAUGUCGAGUCAGGAAAUGCCUACUGAAAAUAUAGUUGAUGCUGCCAUAGUCAUUCAGAAAUUUGUACGUGGGUGGAUAAUGAGGUGCAAGUACCUUACCAUGAUUACUCAACUUGAAAGAAAUUUUCCCAAAGAAAAUGGCAUAGAUGGUCCCCAGACUAAGGCUAAGGCAGCAUCAAAGAUUCAGAAUAGCUGGAAGGAAUUUACUGCACGCAGAUCCCUCUGCCGUCAGAACUCAGCUGCAAUAAAAAUUCAAAGCUAUUAUCGUGGGUUGUUGUUGAGGAAGACAUAUAUGGUGCAUAUGCAAGUGGCAAUAACAAUCCAAAAUGCUUAUAGAUGUUUCAAAUGCCAAAGAGAAUUGCAACAAUAUAAGGUAGCCAACAAUUCAGCCUUAGUUAUUCAAUCACAUAUACGAGGAUGGAUUGCAAGGAGAAGAGCUUAUCAGUUCAGUCAUUUCAUUUUACUGAUUCAGAGUCACUUCCGUGGCUGGAUUACAAGAAAAGAGCUUUCAGACAAGAAGAAAGCUGCCACAAGGAUCCAAAGUGCUUUUAGAUGUUUUCGAUACAUGAAGGUUUUCCGCUCUUGUAGACUUGCUGUGAUAGAAAUUCAACGAUUUGUGAGAGCACACACUAGUAGGAGGAGACUUCUAGGGGCAUCUCAUCUAUCUAAAGUUAUUUGUGCUGCUGAUGUUUUGCACUCAAGAGCUUGUUUUGGGAGCAUUGAAUUAGAUACAGUUCUACGUUCAGUGUUGAUAUUGCAGAGGUGGUGGAGGUCUCUUUUGGUACUGAAAUCAACUAGCCGGGCUACAAUUACUAUCCAAUCUCAUACUAGAGGGUGGAUUGCCCGAAGAGAAGCUAACAGAGAUAGGCAUCGAAUUGUUUUGAUCCAAUCAUAUUGGAGAGGUUACCUUCUAAGGAAAGGCUCAAAAGAGAAGCUAGUUGAUUCACGCUUGAGAAUGCAAAAUACCGCAGCAAAUGUAGAUGAUAGCAAGUGUCUCAUAAACAGACAUGUGGCAGCAGUUUCAGAGUUACGUUCAGUGUUGAUAUUGCAGAGGUGGUGGAGGUCUCUAUUGGUACUGAAAUCAACUAGCCGGGCUACAAUUAUUAUCCAAUCUCAUACUCGAGGGUGGAUUGCCCGAAGAGACGCUAACAGAGAUAGGCAUCGAAUUGUUUUGAUCCAAUCAUAUUGGAGAGGUUACCUUCAAAGGAAAGACUCAAAAGAGAAGCUAGUUGAUUUGCGCUUGAGAAUGCAAAAUACCGCAGCAAAUGUAGAUGAUAGCAAGCGUCUCAUAAACAGACUUGUGGCAGCAGUUUCAGAGUUAUUGAGCAUGAAAAGUGCUAGUGGCAUUCUUUAUACCUGCAUGACUCUUGAUUUAACCACUCAACACUCUCAGUUAUGUUGCGAGAGACUAGUUGAAGCAGGCGCAAUCGAUACCUUACUAAAACUGAUCCGAUCAGUCAGCCGCAGCAAACCUGAUCAAGAAAUUCUUAAAUACACACUUUCAACAAUUAGAAACCUGGCCAGGUAUCCUCAUUUGAUUGAAAUUCUCAUUAGCUCAAAUGGGUCGAUACAGACAGUAUUCCUGGAAUUUCUAAGGAACAAAGAAGAGGGUUAUUUCAUAGCUUCUGAGCUUCUAAAGAAGAUAUCUCUAAACAAGAGUGGGUUUAAAGCACUGCGAAGUUCGGCUUUCCUUUAUAAAAGGUUAAACAGCCUUGUUGAAGACCUGACCAGAAAGGCAGCAACCGAAAAGAGGAAGAAGAAUCCGAGCUUAGUUUUAAGGGAUCAAAUCGAAAGAAGGUUAAAGGCGGCGGCUGAGCUGCUGCAUUUGAUUACAAGGGGUUGAAUUAACAUCAAAAUAUAUGCUCAAGCUCUUUUGACUAAUACUAAUGUUCUUCAUUUAGAUCUUAUCUUUGCAAUGAUGAAUACCUAGAAAUUUAGUGUGUAGACCAUAGUUUCUUUCUAAUGUU